GCUGUAGUGUGAUCUAGUGUGGGCGCGGCUCCGUGUCCAUGGGCGCCUCGCCCGCCCAUACUCCCGCGCACCAGCCCGACUACAGCCGUCAGCACUUCGAGCCAGCCAAGACCCCAGCGGACGAGAAACCCAAGAAAUCAGGAGACGUGUUCGGUGAUUUACUCGGCAGCCAAGGGUACGACUUCGCCAAGCGCGAGGCCGGGCCUAAGACCAUGAACGCUAUGAAGCGGGAGGAGGUGGCCAAGGAUAUGGACCCGGAGAAACUCAAGAUUCGGGAUUGGACGGAAGGCAAGAAAGCGAACAUUCGCGCUCUCCUGUGCUCGCUCCACACGGUGGUGUGGGAUGACUGCCGCUGGACGCGUUGUGACAUGUCGCAGCUCGUCACGCCCGAUCACGUCAAGCGGAACUAUAGGAAGGCCUGCCUCGCUGUGCACCCUGAUAAGCAAAUGGGCACUCCCAACGAGAACAUAGCAAAGAUGAUAUUCAUGGAGCUAAACAACGCGUGGAGCGACUUCGAAAACGACGCGAAGCAGCAGAACUUGUUCCAGUAAACCACUUUACUCCGUUUGUAUGACACUUUGUCAGUUGUUAUUUAGGGCCGAGCUUCAAUCAUUAUCUUGAUCAAAGUAAAAAUUAUAACAAGCAUGUUGAAUAAAACUGGAGUCAUUUUGAGAAGUGAUUGAACUAAUCGAACAUAUUUCUCUCAAUUUCUUAAUCCAUCUCGGGAAAAAUAAAAAGAUACGGGUAACUGUAGGAAGGAAGAAAGGAAAUGAUUGAAUGCUCGACCCUUACACUUAUUGUCUUCUAAAAAUAUUUGUGUAACUUUGACUUAUAAACCGAGUGGUAUGAUAAGUAAUAACAAUUCCAUAAUAUGUUUAUAAAUCCAAAAGUAACUUCGAACUUUCUCCUUGGUCAAUGACAUUCGCAAGCGUGUUAAUAGUUAGUGGCUCAGCGUGAUGUAAUUGCUGCACUGUGAAAUUGUGUGGAAAGUGGAAAGGUAAAUACUUUCGGUCGUCUAUAACACUAUUAAUUCUUCGUACUGGUAAUAGUUGCAUAGUAAACAACUCAUAAAAAUUAAUUUGAAUGCGCACACUGUUCAUUCUCCAAUAUCAUUCCUGUUUCUUUAUUGUCCGGACUCGAGUUCCAUAAAAAUCUUAAUUGAUACUCGAAGUGACACAAAUAUUAUGUACUGAUAGAACACUUGUAUAACAGGUUUCGAAAUUGUUAUCGCUUAAAAUUGUUAAUAGCAGCAUCCCAGCAUUGGUGUUAAACGUUUUAUCGUAACUAGAUAUAGAAUAGUUAUUUUAAUCUUGAUAAUAUUUUAAGCGUAGUGAAGGCAACGAUACAACACUAUACUUUUGCUUAUUAAGUUUUGCUCAAACUUAAUUCUUGCAACCACUAAAAUCAAAUCAUACCUUUCUUUGCUUAGAGUCAAAUUUCAUUAAAAUAGUAUCACGUAUUGAAUAACUAUUUUAUUGGGCGCUGUUACUUAAAAUAAAAUAAUCACUAUUAAAAACAGUUUGGCAGCGAAGUAAUAGUACAUUUUUUGAAACGUAUCUGUGUAAAGUUGCUGAAAAUGAUGAAGGAAUGCUGAUCCUAAUUGUCUGUUAGAUUUCAAUGUGUACUAUUAUAAUUUUAAUUUAUGUUUAAGCAAUUCAAACAGACGCUUUUUAUAUAAUAAUCACGUAAGAUGUUAUAAAUAUAUAAAUCGGAUUUUAUGGGUAUAAAAUUUUGAUUCUGGUACACUUCA